AUGGAGAGUGUUGCGCACCAUUCUUCGGCUCCACAUGCAGCAAAUCCGAGACGCGUGUCGCUGGAUUUCAUGGCAUUCGUCGACGAGAAUCAAAAGGGAGAACUGUGUCUAAACAACUAUGUUUUGAAACAGGAACUUGGGCAAGGAGCUUUCGGGCGGGUGGUUUUGGCUGAAGACAAAAAUAGUGACAAGAGAUAUGCAAUAAAAGAGUUUAGCAAAAGUCGUCUCCGGAGAGUACAUUCAGGACGCGGACGUCGUCGCGGCUGGCGUGCGCUUCGAGGACCGUCAGCCGGAGGUGCUAGCCCUGACACUUCUAACCCGUUAUAUCUAGUACGCGAUGAAGUAGCUAUAUUGAAGAAGCUUAGUCAUCCAAACAUUGUCCGUUUAUUCGAAGUUCUUGACGAUGCUAAUGGUGAUUCGCUCUAUAUGGUGUUUGAAUUGUGUGAAAAGGGCGUGUUAAUGAAUGUGAAUAUUUUAAAGAAAGCAAAGCCAUUUCCUGAAGACAAGGCACGAUCUUAUUUUAGAGAUAUAAUCCUCGGGGUCGAGUAUCUACAUUCGAAUGAUAUCGUUCAUCGAGACAUCAAACCAGACAAUCUGCUUCUUUCUAGUGAUGACACAUUGAAAAUUGUUGAUUUCGGCGUUUCCGAAAUUUUUGCAUCGGGAAAUGAUAAAACGGUCAAACCAGCAGGCAGUCCGGCAUUCAUGGCUCCAGAACUUUGUGAAUCUGGCCAUGGUGAAAUAUCUGGUAAAGCAACAGACAUCUGGUCAAUGGGAGUGACGCUGUAUUGUAUGUUGUUUGGAACUUUGCCAUUCGUGAAAGAUAAUGUGGUUGAGUUGUAUGAAAGCAUAAAAAACGACGAACCUCCAAUGCCAGAGACUACUGAUCCUCGCUUAAAGGAUCUGUUUAAAAAAAUAUUAGCAAAGAAUCCCAGUGAGCGAAUUACUUUGCAACAACUCAGGGAACACCCCUGGGUUACCAAUGAUGGCACUGAACCGAUGAUAACGACUGAAGAGAAUUGUGCCGCAGUUGUUGAUGAGAUUACAGACGAUGAACGCCAGGCUGCUUUUAUGACUAUGAGUAACAUUGCUAUGGUGAUGAAAGCAGUAGCUGCCUUUAAACGCAGAUCUCACCACACAACAGAAACAGCUGGACGGAAUACACUAUACGCGGUUGCAUCGGCAACAACACCCGUGUCUGAAUCUCGUGCAAAUGCAGAUGUAGACAGCUUGACUGAGGGAGUGAAAAGUGUAUCGAUAACAGCGGCAGGGGUAAAUCCGUGA